AUGAGUCCGCGAUCAAACGCGUGUUCCACCUGCCGUUCGCGCAAGGUCAAGUGUGAUAGGACCCUACCAAAAUGCUCGGCCUGCAGGCGACUAAACCUGGACUGUGUUCAACAAGGCGCCGUUCAAGGAUUAAUCUGGCUCGACCCUGGGGUGCCUAACAAAACAACUUCUCGGAAGUGCAGCACAGAGUCGCCGGAAAGAGAAAUGGGUCUUCGUAGGAAACCACUCUUCUCGGAUCGUGAGCGAAUUGCAGAAUGCUCCCGGAUGACAAGACAGAUCUCAGAGCAUCAGGUUGAGGGCCUUUUACUACAUCUUGAUACGGAGGCCGAAACGCUGGAUUAUGAUGCGCCGAUUAACCAUGGACCUUUUGGGGUCUUCUCUCUGCACAAGCCGAAGUCCCCUUCACUCACACCUUCAUCUCCACCUGUGCCUGAGCCGGAAGCCCUGCCAAUUAUCAACUCACUGCCCGAGGACGACUGGUACGGCAUUGACUUCAUGAACAUUGAGCAACCAUCGCAUGACUUCCAGCCCGUCGUGACAAAAAGCCCUCUACCUCUAUCAUGGGCCACCUCAUCACCCAUGCUCAACUUUGGCGAUGGCAUGGACGAAGCUUUCAACAUGAAUUUCAGUGGAGUCGAGGAUCCUUCUGGUAUCACGGAUUUGACUCGAUUCUUCCCUCUCAGCCCACGUCUACCUACGCCCGUUACCUUGACCUUCUCCCAGGAUGUUGCGGGAAUGGCACCUGGAGUUAUGCGCACUUUGCUGGAUCAUUACCAAACCUCGAUGAUGGGGUGCUUCACACCGUUGCAUCACGAAAAGCCCCCAUGGAAAAUCCUCCAUCUGCCUUGCGCGAUUUCAGCUUACGGAGAACUGUCUCUUCUUGGAGACUCGAACAAUGCCAAAAUGACAUUGCUGUUUGCAGUCCUGGCUAUGAGUGCCUUCAACCUGAAGCAUUUACAGACCGACCCGUCGGAGGCCGACAACUGGCAAUCCAUUGCCGAGUCAUACCGUGAAAAGGCAAAGGCACGCCUGAAGCUUUGUCUUCGCGAGCAGAGCGAGGAGCAGAAGAAGUCAAAGUACAAAGAGGUCUUGAUGGCUCUGACAAGCAUGGUAACAGUCUGUGUAGUCAGUGGACAGAUGCAAGAAGCGAGAUGCUACCUUCUGGAUGCCGAACGAUUCAUUUACAUGCAAAGUUUGAAGAAGCCCAAGCAAUCACGAAAGGUAAACAUGCUCCACAGCAUCUACCUCUACCUACGGAUUAUUGAGGAAAGCACAUUUACUCCAGUCGAGGAUACCCAACCUCACCUGAUCGAUCAUUCAUACGCUAUGACAAGCGAGGCACCAAGCGCAAUCUGUCGCUACCCUUCGCUGUGGACCGACCGUGUGAAGCUGGGCUCGGACAUGGACUUUCAGGACCUGGAGGCACGACUAGUUUCGUUCCCAGCCGACCACGACGAACCGACUAUGUUUGAGCAGAUCUACGGCAUCCCCGAGUCACUCUUCCGUUUGAUCUCGCAUGCCACUCACCUCGCUGACGAGGUCCGUCGAAGCCGCUCUGUUUAUCCCGGAGGCAUGUCCCAGGACCUCGCACAAAGGGCCAAGAUCAUUGAGGCAAAGAUCUGCAAUUGGAAGAAUCCUUACAAACUGUUGGCUGAGAAGCAAACACUGAUCGUUUACGGGCCAGCAGAAAGGUCCAACAAGAUCGAGGUGCGAACGGAUCUACUUUACAACUUUCUGGAAGCGAUGCACUGCGCGUUAAUCAUCUACUUCUACCGCCGAGUGAGAGACACGAACGCAACGGCCUUGCAACACUAUGUCGGCAAGACGAUCCAUCAUCUUCUGGAGCACGAACAGAAGAAGAACAUGUAUGGCGACACGUCGGCCUAUGUCGCUUGGCCUGGUUUCAUCGCCGCUUGCGAGGCCUUGGACCCUGUUCAGCGUGAGCAGAUCUCUGCGUUUAUGUUCAGAGCUGGUCAACAGUCUGGCGUAGGCAGUCUCUUUGUGGCCGCUGAUGUAGCCACAAAGGUGUGGGCUGCAAGAGACGACACGGGCUGUCUUGACGUGUCGUGGAGUGACAUUCUGGCUACCAGCAAGAAUGGGUUGAUAGUUACGUGA